UGUGUGUGUGUGUGUGUGUGCGUGCAGGGAAGAGAGAUAUGCAGUCCAGGCGGGACAUAAACAUCAGUUCACUCUUGCAGUGACUGGAUUAACGUCUGACACAGAGCGAGACAGAAGGACAAGAUGAUUCUCCUGUCACUCCUGGGGGUCCUGUACCUGCUCACAGCUCCAGUGCUCUCUUUGAGACAGCCAAGUGAUGACCACUGGGGAGAAUAUGGACCAUAUGGAGAUUGCAGCCGCACCUGCGGCACUGGAGUGGCUGUGAGGACAAGGGUCUGCAACACCAUGAGGACAGAUGGUGGACACAACUGUGUUGGACCUUCCAAGUCCUACAAGCUCUGCAACACACAGGAAUGUCCAUCUGGAUCUCUGGAUUUCCGUGAGGAACAGUGCUCCCGGUUCGACAGAAUGGAUUUCCAGGGCAAACGCUACGCCUGGCAGCCUUAUUAUGGAGGCUCGAACCCAUGUGAGCUGGUGUGUGUACCCCGAGGAGAGAAUUUCUACUAUCGCCAUCGUCCUACUGUAGUGGACGGUACUCGAUGUUACGUGGGCCGCAGUGACAUCUGCGUUGAGGGUGUCUGCAGGGCGGUGAGUCAUGGUGAAAUUGUGGGCUUUGACCAUCCACCCUCUCCUUCUGUCAGUCACAUCCCGAGACCUGGAAUAACUCACACUACAGAGGCUUAUAGGUAUUCAUUUGGUGCUUAUUCAGAGUGCACGGCUCCGUGUGGUGGGGGCACGCAGACCCGCAGUGUAAACUGUGUGCUUGAUGGACAUGUGGUGGACGACUCGUACUGCGUUGCACAGGGCUUACAGAGGCCAGCUGCCCAUAGAGCCUGCAACCAGCACGCCUGCGCUGAGUACAGUGUCAGCAGCUUUAGCACGUGCUCAGUGACGUGUGGUGAGGGUCAGCAGGUGAGGGAGGUUUUCUGCGUUGGUAGCCGAGGACAGCGUCUCCCUGAGCACCACUGCAGUGGUCUCUCGCGCCCUGCGGAGGUCCGUACCUGUCAGAAACCUGCCUGCCACCAGGUGUUCCGCUACUAUGUCAACGAUUGGAGCCUGUGCACUCGGAGUUGUGGCACAGGGACCCGGGAGCGUAGAGUGGUGUGUAUGGAUCUGGAUCAGAACCAAUAUGGAGAUGAAAGAUGUUCCCCUCAGUCCAAACCUCACAGUGUAGAGAACUGCAACACACAGCCCUGCCCUGGAGCACAGGUGGUGCCCAGUGUUCAGGACCCCAGUGGUCAUGAGAGCUCUCUGAGAGGAUUUGUACCUUAUGUCCAUGGUGAACCGUCAGUCCAUCGGCCAUACAACCCAUACACGCCUAUGGUUGGUCCACACUGUGCUCAGUCAUACUACGGCUGCUGUCCUGAUGGCCACACUGCUGCUACAGGACCAAGAGGAGAGGGCUGUGCUCCAGAUGACUGUGUUAGAAGCAGGUUUGGCUGCUGUCUGGAUGGAGUAACUCCUGCUCAGGGCUAUGGACGAGCAGGGUGUCCAGACUACGUCCACAGGGACUCUGCCUCUGUUUCUGUUCCUGAUGUGUGCUCUAUGCCACGGUUGGUCGGCCCUUGCUAUGAGUGGACCUCUCGUUUUUACUUUGAUGCCUCCACCCAGACCUGCACACAGUUUUGGUAUGGUGGUUGCCAGGGCAACGGCAACAACUUUGUCUCUGCGGAUGAGUGCAGGAGAACAUGUGAAGGUUCUGCCAGGGGCUCUGCUCCAGCACCCAGAAGAAGUUACAGAGGAAGACCAUACCGUGUUCGUGUCUGAGGAGCAAAAAAAGAAGAGCAGUCGAUGAGCAGUUGCAAAGGAAUCAAAAACACAAAUGCAUCCACAUGUACAAAAACAACAAUGCAUAUCAUCAGAAAAGACAUACAAUAAGUUUACUUACAUAUCAGCAAUUCUGUGCAUGUGCUUUAAAGCAAAAGUGCUAAACACAAAAUGCCAUUAUAUUUGUAAAAUUCUGAUGAAAAAUAAAGACUCUCAAAGGCUUCCCAACAAUCA